UUUGACGAAUUUGAUAAGCAAAAUUGUUAUUGAUUUGUCCAAUGUUUUAUUUUUAUUAUGUAAAUUAAAAUUAUUUAGUUAGUUAUAAAUAAAAAACUUAACAUUAAAGUAAUACAUUGUAAACUAAAAGUUUUCUUUUGUAAUGACUUAUAAAUAAUAAAUUGUUAUUUUUGUGUGUUUUAAGAAUGGGUAACACCAGCAAGAAGCUGGCUGCAAAGUGUACUCUCUUGACUAAGGAUGAACAGAAGUAUGUAGCAGCAACCUUCCGUGCAGCCAGCAAGAACUCUGAGAGAAUUCGAGAGGAGGAUCUCAUCGUGAGUGGCAAAGUAGAUGCAGUGUCAUUAGAAAAAUUCUGGGGUCCACAAAUAGAUCCGAGGUUGGCGCAGUAUCUUACUAAUUUCUUAUUCGGUUCUGGACAGCAGAAGGCGGCCACCGUUGAGUUCAAUCGAUUCGCUGAAUUGUACGUUUACAAUGUUCGUGGUACCGUAGAAGAACGGAUGAUGGUCACAUACAACUGCCUCGGUAUGGACUACAACGAGGAUGUGGAACUACCCUUCCAGCUGCUAAAAGAGUAUUGUGAAAGCAUCGUGUCGACAUAUAUAAAGAUAGUGAAAUCGUCUUCGUCGAAGCGAGCGAGGACGUGGAUAGAGAAGGGGUUCAGAGCGAAUGCGUCGCACGUACAAGCCCUGGGGGAAGCCGUUGCGGCGUCCGUGGGGGGAGAUCUGGAAUCGCCCCAACAUUGCACGGCGCAACAACUUUCGAAAUGGCUACAAUCAAAUAUUCUUCUAAAACAAGUGGCCGAGUUGGUGUACGUGAAUUUGUAUGGAAUUAACAAAAGAGCCGGCGACGAGAGCCCCACCCCCCUACCGCCGGCCGCGCCCUCCCUACUGCCUGGACCCGAAGGUCUCGACCCGAUGCCAGACUACCCAGCGUUCAUCGACAUGUCCCACAUCGUGUGGAUCAACGCGCACCUACCACAGAAGUUCCAGCACAAGUGGCGUUUCUUGUUUUCGACUCACAUACACGGAGAAUCGUUUUCGACUAUGACGGGUCGCAUCAUAGAACAAGGUCCUUCUAUCAUAAUAAUCGAAGAUUCCAGCGGUUACAUCUUCGGCGGCUUCGCGUCUGUACCCUGGGCCUUCGGUCCCAACUUCACCGGCACGGACGAGUCGUUCCUUUUCACCUGUUCACCCAAAAUGAGAAUCUACCCGGCCACUAAUUAUAACGAUCAUUACCAAUACAUAAACCACCAUACGAAGACCUUGCCCAAUGGUCUACUGAUGGGCGGCCAGUUCCAGUUCGGCGGCAUCUGGGUGAACGCGGAGCCGUUCGGCGAGGGCUCGUCGGCGGAGUCGUGCUCCACGUUCCGCGGGUACCGGCGCCUCAGCAAGGAGCCCGCCUUCCGCAUCCGCAGCCUCGAGGUGUGGGGCGUCGGCGACCGGCCCGUCGUCGACAAGGACGAGGACGAACGCGACUUGAGCGUGCUGGACACCAACCCGGAGGCGAAGGCCAUUCUGGACAUGGCGGGCCGCACGCGACACAGCGAGGGCAUCCGGGAGCCGCCGCCCUUAUAACCUAUUAAAGAGAAUGCGACUUUCUGAAGAUGCCAUAGAAUACUCGCUACCGCCCAGCGCACGAGGGAAUAUUAGCAAUAUUUUUCAUUUAAAAAUGGCUAGUCAUUCGUUAUUGAAAUAUGUAUAAAUAAUAUUAUUAUCACACAACCACACACACAAAUACACAAUAUAAGAUCUCAUUGAUAACGUCCGGCCGCUGAGAGAAUGCGUCUCUUAAAGGUCCGUGAGAGAAUGAACGAUGUAACUUUGAAGAGGCAAAGUAUAUAUAUAGGCAGACUGGCAAAAACUUUUUUUUAAAUAUAUAAGCUAGCGCUUGACUUAUCACACCUGAUGGAAAGUGAUGAUACAGUCUAAGAUAGAAGCUUGCCUAGAAGAUAAUUAUUCACUUUAUAGGAAGCUAUGGGUAAUAUUUUUAACAGUGCCAAUCCAUAGACAAUGUCUAUGGAUUGGCACUGUUAAAAGCUUAUAAUGCUAGCUUAUAAUGUAAAUGCGCUACCGACCUUGGGAACUGAGAUGUUAUGACCCUUGUGACUGUAGUUACACUGGCUCACUCGCCCUUCAAAGCGAAACACAACAAUACCAAUACUGAUCAGAUAUUCUACCGCCAAACAGCAGUAUUUAAUUUUGUCGUGUUCCAGUUUGAAGGGUGAUUGAACCAAAAACUACAGCGACAUGACCCUUGUGACUGUAGUUACACUGGCUCACUCACCAUUAAAAACUGUUUAGCUAUAUCUGUUUAGUGCACAAGGCUCUACCACAAAAUAAGUUCAUUAUUAAUAAUAUCAAUAUAUCAACAUACAAUGUUUUAAUUUCGAGCCAAAUUUAUUUUUAAAUUCAUAUAUUCUUCCUUAAUUCAAUCUUUGUUACAAGGUUACGUCAACUGUUUAUGUUUGUCUCUAGUCGUGAAAAACUGACAGACGUCAGGAAUACGGUCUCUCAUCGGACGGACAUUUAGUUGUGUUUUAUACUCUGUGACACCAGUGUUACCACUAAAAAAAGGAGAAUUGUUUAUUUUAAAUUAUUUUUCAAUAUGUUGUAUUUUAUAAUAUAAAUUGAUAUCAUGUUGUUUUUACAUUAGCGUAUAAAUUAUUGUUUAAAUAUAAAAAAAUGAAAUUGCGUAAAAUGUAAUAUACUGUUGUAUGAAGAAAAAUCGUAUCUCAGAUUUGUUCCUGUAUUUAACGAAUCGUUAUUGAAUUGUAACCGAUCGUAUAUGAGUUACCGCUUACGGAUCAUUAGUUCUAUAAGUUUAUCGCACUACCACCCGUAAGCAAAACGACUCGUAACCGUUAAUAAGUCAUGAAAACGGGCCAUUUGAUUGUAUAGUAUACCUUCACAACAUUGACAUUACAAUAUAAGCCAUUAAUUACACCAUCAAUUCAUAGCCAGCUGUGGGAACUAAGAUAUUUGUCUUCUAUAUCUGGUACCCUUAAAACACGGACCACUGGUACAAAAUAUUGAUUGGCUGAACUGGUGAGUGGUACAAUUAGGGGGUGAUGUUAUACAAUACUGUCUUCUUCUCUCGUAUGUCAAAUUAACGAUGACAGAAAGAGAGAAAUAAUAUUUAUAAAUGAGGCUGUUUAAUGUUUAAUAUUAAUGAUAUUGUACUUAAAUGAUCACCGAAAAGGAUUUUUGUGUAAAGAUAUUUUAUGAUUUGUUCAAUUUUUUUUUCAUCUCAACUAGAAAUUGCAUUUUUAGUAAUAAAUAAAAUAUUUUUAGCGACUGUAAAUAUGAAAUCUAAUGAUACAGCCAAUGUCAAGUGAACUAAGCACCAAAAGUUUUAUUGUGACAUAGUACAUUGGUUUGACGUUGGCCAAACACAUUGGUCCAACGUUUACUGGUUUUAAAUUGCAAGAUGCGGGCUUUCUUCAUAUGACAGUAGAAUAUUUAUAAAGCUUUUGCUGUCCUUUGAAUAAUAUGUAGUCGUAUAUAACAUUUAUAUCCUAAUAUACUAAACAAACUUAAGUGCCAAGGGAUUUUCUCCCUUAUUAACUAUAAGAUAAAAAAAAUCGCACAAUCUUUUGAUGUCGCUACAUUCCCGUGUUAUAUGAAGUUAUACAUAGACUUGCUUGACUACGCAGGAGAAGUGGGUAAUGUUUGUAUAUAUAUAACAAAAUGGGGUUAGUGGUGACUUUUUCACCACCGGUUUCAAUAGAAAUACCAACGUGAUAAGCGAUCUUAUUAUAUUUAUGAUUCAGCCUGGAGACGAUCGCUCCGUACCCAAACUGCGCUGCAUGUUUUUUAAGUUUGAAUGAUUUAAGUCUUACUUGCCAGUAUUAAAAAAUUGUCAAAAUAAUAUUUGUUACUUUGUUCGAAUCAUAUAAACGUUUCCAAAGAAAAUUGCAAAGAGUAUUAUUGUUACAAUCAAUUAGUUGCCAUAUUGUAUGACAUAAGAGAUCUUUUCAUUUUAAUACUAAAUUAAUUGACUUAUUUAGAUUUAUCUUACGAUAUUUAUUGAUUUUGAAUAUAAUCUUUUAUUACAAAUGAUACUUAAAAGCCUUAAUGUCUAUGUGUAGCUUUAUUGUGUUCUGUGUUGUCAGCCUUAGAUAUACUUUUAUUAAAACAAUUAUUUGUGUAAAAAAAUGUAUCGGAAGUGUAACUUAAUGUUUAUGCUGGCAACACUUUAUCAUAGCUUUUGUGAUAACCAUUUUUACUCAACUUUUAUCAUUCGUAAUACUAAUGUAGUGUUUCUUAUAUAUUUAUUUAUGAGAGUUCAAUAUUAUUGACGUGUAGUGUUAAGUUGUAAAAAGAUAUUUAUUUAAAUUAUUGUAACGUCGACAAAAGAAAUUUUUGUAUAUCCUUAUUAGCUUAA